UAUAUGGUUAGUCUCCAAGUUGGUCCCUUUUUUUCUACGAAUGAUGUUGUCUGACUCUUCCCUUUCCAAAUCAUUAUGGUGAUUUACUUUGUUUCGUAAUCAAGUAAAACUCAAAGCACGUAAUGUGUUUUGGCUUUCUUGUUUCUUUUCUAGCUUCAUAGUUAUUCUCCAUGUCGUGGGUGUUGUCUGUCUGGAGGCGUUGUCUGAUUCCCUCUAUGCAAAUGAGCACAUGUAACAUGUUAUAGUUUCCUUUGUUUCGUAAUCAAGUAGAGGCUAUCGGACCGGUUUUAUCCACCCACCCAGUCCCCAUAUAAACGCGUCCCUGACUGCUCUGUUUCUGCCAGUACUGACUCUGCAGCCGUGAGGAUCUGUGUCGUCGUGAAAACAUCGCGCUGUACUUUGGAGCGUCCGUGCAUCUUGGAUGAACAGUUUGACCAACAUGGCGGCCAGAGCCGAAUCUCACCCGAAACAAGAGGAGGGAGAGAGUGGGCGUGGUGAGAAGGAUGCUCCGCGUACCCACAAGUGCGGCGAGUGUGGCAAGGAGUUUCCUAAACGGAAUGAUCUGAGACGUCACAUGCGCACUCACACAGGCGAGAAACCGUACAGGUGUGAGGAGUGUAACGAAAGAUUUAGUCUGCUGAGUAAUCUGAAGCGCCACAUGCGGACUCACACGGGUGAGAAAUCGUAUCAAUGUGAGGAAUGCAGCAGGUGGUUUCGUACGCUUUUUAGCCUGAGGUCGCAUAUCAGGACCCACACCGGCGAAAAACCAUACGCGUGUGAGGAGUGCAGCAGACAGUUCAGCGAGCUGGGUAAUCUAAAGACUCAUAUGCGGACUCACACAAGUGAGAAACCGUACAGAUGUGAGGAGUGCAGCAGGCAGUUUAGUCAUCUGGGUAACCUAAAGGAUCACAUGCGGACUCACACAGGUGAGAAACCUUACAGGUGUGAAGAAUGCAGCAGACGGUUUAGUCUGUUGGCUAAUCUGAAGAAACACAUGCGAACUCACACUGGUGAGAAACCGUACACGUGUGAUGAAUGCAGCAGGCAGUUCAGCAGGCUGAGCAGUUUAAAGAGACACGUGCGGACUCACACAGGGGAGAAACCUUACAGGUGUAAAGAGUGCAGCAGGCGUUUCAGUCAGUUGGGUCAUCUGAAGGAGCACAUGAAAACUCACACUGGUGAGAAACCGUACAGAUGUGAGGAGUGCAGCAGUCAAUUCACCACAAGCAGCAAUUUAAAGAGGCACGUCGGGCGAACUCACAGAGCGGAGAAACCGUAGAUGUGUUAAAAAUGCAACGGAAGCUUUCUGUUUGAUGCAUGUUAUUCUAUUGUAAGUGAAGCCACUUGUUUACCGUUUUUCUGUUAGUAGUGUAUUCUAUACAUGAUUCCAAUUUAAGAGUUAACAAUGUCGGUGAUUUUAUAUCACGAUCGAUGCGGAUACAUGCUUCGUAGCCUGUUGGUUAGAGCUAAUAGUUGUGUGUAAAAUGCGAAAGUGUAGCAUUUACAUGUAGACAGUAGUUACAUGGUAGGGCACCGUUCGUUAAACCGUAAGGUGUCAUUGUCCGUCUGUUGACUUAGUCAACUACGUGAAGUACAGGCAUGUAAAUAUACUAGAUCCGUAGCGUUUUGUGAAGUUAUCAAUUCAUCGAAAUGUAGUUUUCUUUGUUUUAAUAUUUGUAAAUAUACUAGCUUUCUAGCGUUUAGUUUCGGUUGCAGCACAUUAACGUUGUUUGUAAAAUGUGAAGUGAAAAAAAAGAAGUGAACUGUUGUUUCUUUAAGUUCCAGUGUUCUGUUAACUAUAGGUAGCUGUUAGAGAUUUGUCAAAUUUUUGCAUCUCAGUUUCAACAAUAAAGCGCGUAAUGUGUCGUA